AGAAUCCAAACUCUUUUGUACUUUCUAGAUUUUUAAACACUGUGCAGUGACCAUAAUACCCUCUAUCAAGACAAGUCUAGAGUAAUUAACUUCGUACUUAUCGUCUCGUGAUCCAUUGUUCUUUCGACACUAAUCUCGAUCUGAUCGUUUCGAAACCGCGCGGUUGUAACGAAGUUCAGUUUUUUUUUUGAUCCGUAUCGAUUCAAUGGCUUCUUCAAUGCUCUCUCUCGGCUGGACUUCUCUGUUACCGCGCGAGAUUAACAAGGAUAAGCUAAAACUUGGACCUUCAGGUUCGAACCCCUUCCUGAGAACAAAGUCUCUUAGUCGGGUGACCAUGUCGGUUUCAGUGAAACCUUCUCGUUUCGAGGGUAUAACUAUGGCACCACCAGACCCUAUUCUCGGAGUCAGCGAAGCAUUCAAAGCUGACACUAACGAGCUUAAACUCAAUCUCGGUGUUGGUGCUUAUCGAACUGAGGAACUCCAGCCUUAUGUGCUUAACGUCGUUAAAAAGGCCGAGAACUUGAUGUUAGAGAGAGGAGAUAAUAAAGAGUAUCUACCAAUCGAGGGGUUAGCUGCAUUCAACAAAGCCACUGCUGAGCUGCUUUUCGGAGCUGGUCAUCCUGUUAUUAAGGAACAAAAAGUGGCAACCAUUCAGGGUCUUUCCGGAACCGGUUCACUGCGGUUAGCAGCAGCUCUCAUUGAGCGUUACUUCCCUGGAGCUAAAGUUCUGAUAUCAGCACCAACAUGGGGUAAUCACAAGAAUAUCUUCAAUGAUGCCAAAGUUCCAUGGUCUGAAUACCGCUACUAUGAUCCAAAAACUAUUGGUUUGGACUUUGAGGGGAUGAUUCAAGAUAUUAAGGAAGCUCCAGAAGGAUCUUUCAUUUUGCUUCACGGAUGUGCUCACAACCCAACUGGGAUUGACCCAACACCAGAACAGUGGGUGAAAAUAGCUGAUGUCAUUCAGGAGAAGAACCAUAUACCGUUUUUCGAUGUUGCAUACCAGGGAUUUGCUAGUGGAAGCCUUGAUGAAGAUGCAGCAUCUGUGAGAUUAUUUGCUGAGCGUGGAAUGGAGUUUUUUGUUGCUCAGUCAUAUAGUAAAAACUUGGGUCUUUAUGCUGAAAGAAUUGGUGCAAUCAAUGUUGUCUGCUCUUCAGCCGAUGCCGCUACAAGGGUGAAGAGCCAGUUGAAAAGGAUUGCUAGGCCUAUGUACUCGAACCCACCAGUUCAUGGAGCGAGGAUCGUGGCUAAUGUGGUGGGAGAUGCAACUAUGUUCGGUGAAUGGAAAGCAGAGAUGGAAAUGAUGGCGGGGAGGAUAAAGACAGUGAGACAAAGGUUGUACGAUAGCUUGGUUUCAAAAGACAAGAGUGGUAAGGACUGGUCUUUCAUUCUGAAGCAAAUUGGCAUGUUCUCAUUCACCGGCCUCAACAAAGCUCAGAGUGAUAACAUGACGAACAAGUGGCAUGUGUACAUGACUAAAGACGGGAGGAUAUCGCUUGCUGGAUUAUCUAUGGCGAAAUGUGAGUAUCUUGCCGAUGCCAUCAUCGACUCAUACCAUAACGUAAGCUGAGUUUUGGUCUCCAUAAGUUGACAAUAAGAAUUUAAGUUAUAUAAUAUACCCUUUUAGCAUCUUCUUGAACUUAUUUGAAAGAGAUGGCUAAUUGAAUAAGCACAAUGAUGGCUAGACAUUUUGUCAAGGAACCUUUAAUUGUGUUUUCAGAAGCAUUGUUGUACUCGGAUACUCCCAUUGAUAGAGGAGCAAUAGUUUUUACUUAUCUCUCGAGUCUUGAUUGUUUUUA